UUGGUUAGAGUAAUAGCGGAGAAAGCACAGACAAUGGCCGGCCCCCCUGUCCUGCCCACGGGGCCACGCCAUGGCAGGAGGAAUGGAGGAUGAGAUGUUCUCUACAGGGCACAGGUAGGUACAUGCACAGUGCAUCCCUUCCCUUCUAUAUAAGCCGGCGAAGCUGCGCAAUCUCCUCAUCCCCAGCAACCAGGCACGCUCACGCGAGGGAGCCACGCAGCCUUCGGCCCUGCGAUCCCGCAGGUCGAUCCAUCCGUCGAGCAUGCAGGCGCCGCACGCCAUGGACGAGGCAGGCUCCAACGCGCCGCUGUACGGCCACGGCCACGCGCACGCGCUCCACCACCGGAGCAAGCGCCCGUCUCCCGUCGGCGGGGCGGCGUCGCUCGGCGCGGACGGUGGUGGCGGCGGCGGUGGCGGCGGCUCACUCACCGGGACGCGGUACCGCGGCGUGCGGCGCCGGCCGUGGGGCCGGUUCGCCGCGGAGAUCCGGGACCCGGCGUCCAAGGAGCGGCGCUGGCUCGGCACGUUCGACACCGCCGAGCAGGCCGCCUGCGCCUACGACGUCGCCGCGAGAGCCAUGCGCGGCACCAGGGCCCGCACAAACUUCCCCGUCCCGGCAGCCGCAGGUUUUCCUGGCGGUGGCGGCGGGUGCUGGCCGUGGGUGAACUUGCCGGCGCCGCAGGGCGCGGCGACGACGCACCAGCAGCCGCUCGACGCGCUCCUCCUGCACAACCUCCUCAUGAGCUCCUCCCCCCACGGCUGCCUCCUCCUCCACCACGCCGGCCACGGCCACGCUCACGCCCUCUCCCACUCCCAUUCCCACGGCCGCGCACACACCUCCACUCGCUCUCCCAGCUCCGCGCCACCGCCGCCUCCGCCUGCCGCUUCGCCCGCCAUUGCCACGACCGCGAUCGCGCCGCCGGUCACCAAAACAGCGCCGCCAACGUCCGCUCCGGGAGCGGAUGAGGACGAGUGGGGAGGCCUCCUUCGGCGGGAGCCACCAGAGGCGGGACUCCUGCAAGACGUCCUGCACGGGUUCUACCCGACGCCGACCAGGCGACCGCACGACGACGACCUCCGCGACGCGAGGCCGGCGCUGAAGCAUGAGAGGCUGUACGACGCGUCCCCCGCCGCUUCCCCCUGGGGCAUCGUCGAGGGCGACCGCGACGAGGGAGACUACAACGAGGACGACGACGACGACAACGACGGGGACUACCGCGUGUUCCCGAUGAUGCCGCAGGGGCUCCUCGAGGACGUGAUCCAGUGCCAGCCCUACCUGGAGGUCUUUGCGGCGCAUCACCCGCAGCGGCCGAAGCUGAACUGACGUCGCGAGCUCUCCACCGCUCAUCGCGCUAUCGCACGAGCACGCGACACGGUCGCCGGCGCGCGCCGUCGUGCAUGCAUGCAGACGAUGCGUCAACGCGGCGCGCUUUUUGCUAGCUUCGCGACGACUGCCUUCUUCUCUAGAGCUCUGGAGAUCAAUCUGCGUCUUCACUAAUCGGUGUGUAGCUUGGCGGUGAGAUUACGGCGGUGUUCUGUACUAGUUUUAACUUGGGAAGAUUUAUAUCCAUGACAUUAUGCUUGCCUAGCUUCUUGGAAAAAUUGGAACUUGUUCUUAAG